AUGGACGAAGAGGACCCCUUUUCUGAUAACUUUUUCACCGGAUCUGGUUUUGACAAUGUUGGAGAAAACUCUUCAUAUAUUGAUGAUUUUGUUAUUUCAACAACUGAAAAUAUAGUAGACUCAUCUCAAUUGAUAGUUAAUGAUAUUUCAGAUACAAAUAACCAAUUAACUUCAACUUCUGAACAAGAUGGACAGGAAAUGUCUGAAGAAGAAAAACAACUAACUAUAUUAAUUGCAUUGAAUAAAGCUUAUCAAGUAACAACUGAUAAAGCAAUAGCGCAAGUUGAAAAAGAAAUAGCUAUAAUUAGGCUUAAAUAUCAGGCAUUAAAAAAUAAAAUGUAUAGAAUUAAUUUGAAACAAGAGAAUGCUGAGCAAAAUAAAUUGCCAACUAAAGAGUAUGCAGUUUUUGAAGCUCCAUAUUUUUUGGAUGAUAAAGGUUCUUAUCCAAAAAGAGGGCCUGAAGGUAAAUUAUUUGAUGAAUUAAAUCCAUUUAAAAAUGUAAGAAAUUUUGAUUUUGAACAAGAAUGUACAUUAGAUUGGUAUGAUAAUGAAAAGAAAUUAUUAAUGUCUGCUGUUAAAAAUGAAAUUAUAAAAAUUAUUAAUAGUACUGCUAUUAAUUAUAAAAAUAAACUAGUUUAUGACAUUAAAAAUGCAGAUUCAUCAAAUAUUUCAGCUGAUGAAUUGGCUGCAAAAAAAAUUGAACUUGAGAAUAUUGAAAGAAGAAUUAAUUAUCAAAAAAAUUUAAAGGAAAGUGAAAUUUUUAAACAAGAAACACCUGAUAAAAUUGCAAAAAUUGAUUGGCUUGCUAUUAGUGCAUCAGAAUUUAAUGGUACAAGAAGUGCAGAUGAUUGUAAACGAAUGUGGUGUAAUUAUUUAUCACCAAAAAUUUAUAAAGGAGAUUGGACUAAUGAUGAAUUAAAAAAGUUAUUUGAAUAUGGUUCUCAAGAAUGGAAUGAUUGGGAAAAAGUGGCAGCACUUGUUGGAACGGGUAGAUCUCCAUAUAUGUAUUUUGAAAAAUUUAUUGAAUAUAGAUCAAAAACUAUAGAUAAAACUCCUUUUUCAUUAGAAGAAGAUAAAAUUUUAUUAAAACUUGUCAAAAUACAUUCUUUUGAUGGUGUUAUAUUUUGGGAAAAGAUAGCAAACGCUCUAGCUGGUAGAAAUGUAACAACAGUUAAAAAUAGGUAUGAAAGAGCAUUAUGUCCUUCUAUUAAAAAAGGGAAAUGGACUGAGGAAGAAGAUAUUAGGUUGAUACACGCUGUUAAAGUAAUGGGACCAAUGGAUUGGAAAACAAUAUCAUUAUAUGUUGGUAGUCGUACUGAUAGUGCUUGUAGGGACCGUUAUCUUAGUGCGCUUUGUAAUGAAGUUAAAAUUGAACCAUGGACGAUGGAAGAAGAUGAAAUUAUGAUGCUUGGUGCUGAAUUAUUUGGUCAUAGCAAUUUUAAAGCUAUAUCAACUUUAUUACCAGGAAGAACUAGAGAUAGUACUAAAGGAAGAAUUAGAAGAUAUAUUAGACAAUUUGAAUCUGCUAACAGAGGAACAAAACGUAAACUAAAUAAAGAAGUUUAUAAUCUUGGAUUUACAACUAACAUUACUAACGAAAAUAAAGAUUACCAUCGACGAUUGUUAACAAAAUAUGCUGAAAUUUUUGUUAGUUCAAAUUAUGCUUUGAAACGAGAUCAAAAAGCAUUAUUUGAAGUUAAUCCAGAGGUAGAUUUUAAACCUGGUGAUCGUCCUGAAAUUACCUCCUCCAGAGGUAGAUUCUUUGCGACAAAAAGAAACCUUGAUAUUUAUGAAACUAAAUGGGAUGAAAAUCCUUAUGUUGCAGAGUUAAGUGAAGAAAAACGAAAAUAUGGUAAAGAAGAGUUAGAUAGAAUACAAAAGUUGUAUCAACAUUUACUAGAUAACGGAGAGACAGAUGAGGAAAAGAAAGAAAGGGUUUCAAAUUUCUGUAAUAGAAUAAAUAAAGUUAUAGGAGAAGUAAAACCAAGUGAAAAAGAAACAAUUUUAGGCCCUGUUUCUGUAAACAUAAAACAAAAAGAGAACCCUAAUGAAUUGUUAAAAUUUGGAUUAAAUCCAAGAGUAUUUCAAUGGAAUACAGAAAAAGUUGACAAAGAAAUCAAAGAUCUUUCUAUUGAUGAUGAAAUCGAUGGUCAUGCUAUUAUAUCUAAGUUUAUUCAAGAUAGAUUACUUGAUAAUGUAAACAAGUCCUUGAAGUUUAUUAAGGAUGGAAAAGCAAUCUCCGCUUGUGGUUUAACUGGAAAAGACAUUUUAAUACCACCUUCAAUCAAGACACUACCUAUGAUUCCAUUGCUUAGAUUAAAAGUUAAAACAUAUGAUGUUUUAUGUAAAAAGUUAUAUCCUGAUUAUCAAACAGAAGAUGAUGAAAAAUCAAUUAUUGUAAAUAGACAUCCUAGAAUUGGACCAGGUUAUGUAGAAUUAUCAGAAAAAGUUAAAAACAGUCAACAAUAUAAAAAAUUAAAGUUAAGACUUUUUUCACUUUUAUUUUUACCUUUUCUAUAUGAAAAAGCUCUUGGAAAGGAUUGUGUCAGUGAAUAG